UCUCCUCUUACAUAAUAGAGAGAGCAUAGGCGCACAAGGAACGAAUCUCUUCAGAGCCAAAUCCACAUUUUAAUUCUUUUCUAUGGUGGAAGAAGAAACUCAAGAAAGAGUGGCCUAACCCUUUGUCUUCUUCUUCUUCUUUCUUUGCUUCCUACUCUCUCACGCAUGCACAACCCACUCUGCUACCCUCUCUCUUCUCUGCUUCUUCAUUCCGUUACUGCAACCCUGAGGGCUAUUCACUUGCGCUAGACUCUUGAAUCCCCAAAUCAGUUUUAUUCAUAUAAUAAUCUAGGAUUUUUGUUGGAAGAUAUUUGCUUUCUGCAUGGAUAUUGGAGGUGGGUAACUGGGUAAGUGUCAUUAGUAACAUGGCGUUAUUCUUUGGUGGAUGUGGAUCAUUCGUUAGCUUGAGCUUUUGAGACGUGACAAUGAUUUCUAUCCCUCGGUUUGUCUCAGCCAUUGGUAUGGAUUUCAAUUUUAUAUGUGUUCAAUGUAAAAUUCUGGAUUCUGAAUCUCAUCGACAAGGGAUUCAUUUGGGAUGAUAAUUGGGAACUCUACUGUAGAUCAAAAGUUGUUUGAGGAAUUCAAUUUUCAUCAUUUGGCUUUGGAGAUCAAAAGUGUUUCUAUUUUAAUGUUGAUUGUUCCUUAUGCAAAAUUGUUGACUUUGUAUUGAAGGGAACAUAAGAUUGGGGAUCUAGUUAUAUAGACAGGUAUUGGUGAUUUGUUGUUGUUAAUUUGGAGGCAUUUGUAGUGAGUUUUGUUUGUAUAAAGUGUUGCUGCAAUGUCUGGGGGAACGCCUGUUGGGGUUGGAGGUGGAUUUAUGAGGCAGAGACAUAGUCAAGGGUAUGCUAGCAGUGGUGAUGACCUAGAGGAUGAUGCAUGUUCGAGGCAGCGGUAUUUUCUGCCUCCGCCACCGGCGCGCAAGACAUGGAUUGAGGUGCUGGAGAAUUUUCUUUGGCUUGCCUCAGCUGCUUUGAAAGGUGUUGGGGAUUAUCAAGUUCAUUCACCACAUUGUGAGAUAUGGAACAUUGUACUGCCUUUAUAUCUUGGGAUGAUAGGUGUCAGUUUGAACGCAUUGAUUUUCGUUUAUACAAGUGUCUUGGCGUGGAGUGUCCAGAGAUUUGAUGAAAAGUGGGGGUUAAAAAAAUGGCAGAUACAGAGCAUCAGCGUCUUGCCGUUUGCCACAGCAUUUGGAGUAGUCUCUUUUUGCUUGUUCACCUUUGCUUUGUGGCCAAUAUGGAAUUUCUUGACGCUUCCUCUUCUGUUCACACUAUUCAUGGCUUGCAUGGUAGUAUUCCCUUACCUCAUUUUCGGGACAUUCCGGCCUCAAUACGAUGAAUUCCGUACAGAUUAAGCCUCACGACGAUUCAAGUGAGGAAUAGUACUGACAUAGAUGAAAGAGUUUCUAACACACAUUGACAAUGAUUGAUUGGUAGCUGUUGCAAAAUGUGGUUUGAAGUUUUGUGGCAUGGAUAGAGUAGCAUGAUGUUAUUGCAUGCUAUCCUUUCCAAAAUUGUUGCUAACUGUAAGAGCUAAGAUUCGUUUCGACUUCUAGGUUGAUUGUUAAGGCGGCUGAUAUUAACUGCUACAGGUAGAGAGAUAUAGGUUUCAUGUUUCAACAGAUCAGACAAGUGUUUGAUGCUAUCAAUUGAAUUGCCUUCGGUUGCUGGUAUCCUAACACCAGUUUUGCUUUA